CUUCUAACUGCCUUCUCAGCCUACAGACGAAUGCUUUUCUCCCCCGCUGUCGCUUUCCCCUUUUCCUGUGAUUUAGAACAAAUAUUUCCCUUGGUAACCAUUUUCCCUGGUUACUCUUCUGGCUGAUUUUCUGCACAAAGAAGCGAAAGGCAUGUAUUCCCCAGGGAAGCAGUUAUUUUAGAUUUUACUAAGAAGUGAGUUAACAUUUUUCAACAUUCCCUUCUUUGUUUUAAAGAAAGCUCUGGUUUUGUUUCAUUUUCAUCUGGAGACUUAAAUGACACCAAGCAAAGCCUACUUAGUUUAGAUUUCCAGAUUUCCUGUAGUGCAAUUCUGCUGGUGAUUAAUUCCUUCAGAUUUUCUGUGUCAAAAAAUCAAAUGGUGAAAAAGCAAGCAUGAAAUUUUCAGGCUUGUAUUGUUUUCUUCUGCUUCUCAUUUGUCAAACUGACUAUGGACAAAAUGAAGAAACUUCUAGAAAGCAAAGAAGGAAGAUGUAUUAUAGAAGACUGAGAAAAAGUUCCUUGCCCACCCACAGAUCCAGUAGACAGCUUGGAAUUCAGCAAAUGAUAGCUACACCAGCAGCAACACUUCCCAUGGUUAACUUGGAUUAUAGCACAGAGGAGAAAUUUGAAUCCUUUUUAAGUGUUCCUGGGGUAGAAUCAAGCUAUAAUGUGUUACCAGAAAAGAAAGGACACUGUUUGGCAAAUGGGAUGAUCAUGUAUAACAGAGCUGUAUGGUCUCCAGAGCCCUGCACUACCUGCCUUUGUUCGAAUGGAAGAGUCCUUUGUGAUGAAACCAAGUGCCACCCUCAGCUGUGCUCACGAACAGUUAUACCUGAAGGAGAAUGCUGCCCUGUCUGCUCUGAUACUGUAGCCUCCGAUUUGCUACUCAGUAGUAUAGCAUUAAAUGACAGAACUGAAUUUUCUGGUGAUUCUUCAGAACAAAGAGAACGUAACAAUUUACUUCAUAAGCAACAGCCGCCUUCUUGGGUGGAAAUGGAUCAAGUAAUGAGAAAAGAGCAACACCAAUAUGAGGAAGAUGAAGAAGAAAUUAAACAAGUUGAAGAGAAGGAGCAAAAGAAAAAUACCCCUAGACGUGGAGACUGGGGGAUACCUUCCAAGGAGGGGCAGAGCAGAGAAGCGGGAGAGCAGAGACCUGCAGGGGAAGGGAGGCAGGCCCAUCAACACAGAAACCCAGCAAGGGAGACUGAGGAGGCAGAAGAAGAGGAUGAGGAAGACGAGGAUGAGGACCUGGACGAAGAUACCAUCAGAGGAGAUGUCUUCAGGAUGUCCUCUCAACGCCGAGUCCCAGCUACUCCCAGAGGCACCCCACCUCUGCCGAGCAGGUGCUCUCUGUCCUACAAAACCAUAUCCUGUAUCAGUGCUGACCUCACACAGAUACCACCACUGAGAGCACCAGAGAUAACAAGUUUGGAGCUUGUUGGCAAUUCUAUUACCUCCAUUCCGGAUGAAGCAUUUAAUGGAUUACCGAAUUUGGAAAGGCUUGAUCUGAGCAAAAAUAACAUCACGUCUUCAGGCAUAGGGCCAAAAGCAUUCAAGCUUCUAAAGAAUUUAAUGCGCCUGAAUAUGGAUGGAAACAAUUUGGUAGCGAUUCCUUCAGGAUUACCAUCUACAUUAGAAGAACUUAAAAUCAAUGACAACAAUCUUCAGGUUAUCGAUGAAGAAAGUUUAUCAGACUUAAAUCAAUUGGUCACCUUAGAAUUGGAAGGAAACAAUCUCAGUGAAAUCAAUGUCAACUCUUUAGCUUUUAAACCUUUGAAGAGCCUAUCCUACUUGCGUCUGGGAAGAAAUAAAUUUAGAAUUAUACCACAGGGUCUUCCUGCUUCUAUUGAGGAAUUAUAUCUAGAAAAUAACCAAAUUGAAGAAAUAACUGAACUUUGUUUUAAUCACACCAGAAAGAUCAAUGUCAUUGUACUACGUUAUAACAAAAUUGAAGAAAACAGAAUUGCUCCUUUAGCUUGGAUAAAUCAAGAAAAUCUAGAAUCGAUUGACCUCUCCUAUAACAAGCUCUACCACGUCCCCUCCUAUUUACCCAAGUCACUGCUGCACCUCGUGCUUAUCGGCAACCUGAUAGAGCGCAUCCCUGGCUAUGUGUUUGGCCACAUGGAACCAGGUCUAGAAUACCUGUACCUGUCAUUUAACAAACUUGUGGAUGAUAGCAUAGACCGAGUCUCCUUCUAUGGGGCUUAUCAUUCUCUGCGAGAGCUGUUUCUGGAUCAUAAUGAAUUAAAAUCUAUACCUCCUGGGGUACAAGAAAUGAAAGCGCUACAUUUUCUGAGACUGAACAACAACAAGAUACGGAAUAUUCUUCCAGAACAAAUAUGCAAUGUUGAAGAAGAUGGUGAUUCAACCCUGGAACACCUUCAUCUUGAGAACAACUAUAUUAAAACAAGAGAAAUAUCAUCCUAUGCAUUUUCAUGCAUAAGAUCAUAUUCCAGUAUCAUUCUUAAGCCACAAAAUAUCAAGUAAUUCCAAGUUUUUGUCAUUUGUAAAAUACACUCAUAUAUCUGUCUUAGUAGCAUUUGUCAUCAAUGAGAGAUAUAAUGCCAUGUUCUAUCCAGUAUCAUUGUGCUAGACAACCUGAUUUGCCAACCCACGGAACAACCAAAAAUAUAUCUACAAGGUUUAGUCUUCUAACAGUUUCGUUGAAGGUUUCAGUUUCACACUCUAGAAAGAAGCAAUCUAAUUGCAAAGUUUUCUCAUGAAAACAGAAUGUUGUGCACUGCUCAGCUAGACUGGGAGAAUCUGGAACAAAAUAAGCAGGUCCCUUGACUAAGUAUUGCUAUUAGUUAUGAACUCCCUAAGUCCUUUAAAAAAUUUUGUAUAUGUUAUGGUUGAAGGCCAAGAAGUGGAUGGCAGGAAAGAAUAAUAGGUAGAAUCUAUGAGCUAGUGUUCUGUUUAUUAUUCUAUUGUUAAAACAAUAAUUUAUUAAUUUUCUAAAAACCCUAUGAUACAGUUAUUGGUAUGAAAUUAUUGGCUUAGCUUUAGUUCCUUCUAUUAAUUAUAUGGGUAGAAUUAAAACGCUACUAUAAAGUUAAUUUCCUGGUUUUGAGAAUUGUACUAUGGCUAAGUAUGUGGUUAUUAACAUUAGGGGAAGCUGGGAGAAGGGUAUAUGUGAGUUCCAUAUGAUUUUUGUAAUUUUUCUAUAAGUCUAAAAUUUCUAAAAAGUUAAACAGUUUUUUAAGUUUUUCACCUUCAUUAUUCUUUGCUGAAGAUCAAAAUUUUAUGGGAAGUAGCAGUGUUUGCUGAAAAGUUAAUUAUCCAUGACUAAACCUUGUAAAUGGAAACCUAGCACAUAAAUUUUUGCUCGUCUAGUCACUGUUAGCACCUCUUUUCCUUGCCCUAAUUUGCUCAAAUGUAUCAUUUUACUCAGUUCAAUUUAACAUAAAGCUAUUAGUACUCACUGUGUACUCCAUCCUACCAAAACCAUAUAUUAAAAUUUUCAGUAUGGGCUGA